ACCCAACAGUCUGGGAUAUCUGUGUCUUUGUGCCCUAAGAAGUGGAGACCCAGAGCUGUGUUCAUGGAGCCCUGCCGGUCCCUGGCCCUGCUUGCUGGCUCCCUGGGCCUGGCUUCUUCUCUGACUGCUUUGAGCACUGACUACUGGAUAGUGGCCACAGGCCCCACCUUCUCUGCCCACUCCGGCCUCUGGCCGGCGAGCCAUGGGACCCAAGUAGCAGGUUAUAUCCGUGUGACACAGAGUUUCUAUAUCCUGGCUGUCCUGUGGAGCCUGGUGUCCAUGGCCUUCCUGGUUUUGUCUUGCAUCCCGGCUCUGUCCUCCCCGGGCCGUGGCCCUCUGGUCUCAACUAUCAUGGCUUUUGCUGCAGCUCUCUCCACCGUAGUGGCUAUGGCGGUGUAUACCGGUACGCGAUGGAGCCAGACACCGUCUCCCCAGGUCCAAACCUUCUUCGCCUGGUCCUUUUAUCUGGGCUGGGUCUCCUCCAUCCUCUUUGUCUGUGCAGGUACCACUCAGCCCACCUCCCCAGGGAGGACCGUGCUGGGGGCUGGGGCAGGGCAGAGCAGGGCACUCACAUACUUAAUUUCCUUCUUCUCCUCUCUCUCCACCCCAGGCUGCCUAAGCCUGGGUGCUCACUGUAGGACCCGUAGGGGUGAGUAUGAAACCCUGUGAACAGAAGCCAAGGACAGCAGGGGCAGCAGGAUAUUUGGAGCUUGGUCCUCUCCAGAGCUACAAAAAGGAAAGCAGAGUUCCGCCUUUGUCCCUCUCGCCUUGCCUAACCCUUCAUUGGCUCCUUCACACACUCAAUAAAAACAUGCUGACACCUAACUAUUCUGAGAUCAGUUCAGUCAAGACAUAAGCCAAGCCAGGCCUAUUGUCCCAGUUACUCAGGAGACUGGAGCAAGGA